AAAUGAAUUUGUUUUAAUGAUUCUCAGCAACCGCAUUUAUCACCUGUUGUUACUAGAGAGAAAAAUGUCAUCAGACAACCAGUGGUCAGCAGAUGAGGAUGAAGGCCAGCUAUCUCGACUGAUCAGGAAAUUGAAAGACUCCCCCUUUGUCCCUAUAGGGAGAGCAGGAUUUGUUUCUGUGGUGUCCUAUGGUCUUUCUAAGUUAAAGUAUAGAACAGAUCAGAAAAUGUCCGUUCUUAUACACAUGAGAGUUGCUGCCCAAGGAGUUAUUGUAGGAGCUGUGACUCUAACCUCUGUUCUCUGUUCUAUGAGUGAGGAUCCCAUUAGGCCUCUAUUCUUCAGCGUGUCAAAGAAAUGAAUCUG